AUGGCUCAGUCUCUUUACACUAGUCUUCCAAAAUCAACCACCAUUUUCACCUCUUCAACCUCCCCUUCAUGCACCCUCAUCUUCAUCCUCACCCUCUGCAUUAUCUCUCUCUACACACUCCAUUACCACAACCAGCAAACACCUCCUCCGUCACCAUCCACUACAGCCCAACAUCCACCACUUAUCUCCACUUUCCUUAACUCUGCCUCUAAUUACACCAUAUCUAACUAUCUCCGCCACCUUACCCUCCACCCCCAUCUCGCUGGUACCUCACCCUCAUCCGCCGCCGCCGAUUACGUCAAGACCAACUUCGAAUCCCUCCAUCUCCAGACCCACGUCACCAACUAUUCCGUACUGUUAUCGUACCAUCUCCAUUCAUCACUCACUGCCCACUUCAGCAACAGCAGUACCGCCGUCCCACUUCCCUUGACCGAACCGGGGUUAGGUUCUGACUCCGGGGUCGUCAAACCGUACCACGCUUAUUCACCAUCCGGAUCGGCGUACGGGAAGGCGGUGUACGUUCACCAUGGGAGGGAGGAGGACUAUCGCGCACUGGCGUCGGCUGGCGUGGACGUUAAGGGUUGUGUAGCUGUUGCGAAGAGAGGCGGUGGAUGUAGGAAUGCGGGAGGUGAAGGUGGGGAGGAAUUGGUGUGA